AUGGAUAAGGAUGUGUUUAAUAACUUCAUUUAUGUAAUGACGAAUUUAGAAUAUGAUUCGAAUAAAAAAAAAUAUAAAUUUAAUGAUGAUACUAAUUUCAAAGGGUAUUGUACUGGUGAUUGUGAUAAUGAUCUCGACAAAAUUAAUGCUGGAUGUUUAUAUUUUUUUAAUGCAUUCUUUAAGAAUUCUGAUUUGUUUUCGAAAUAUGCAAACAAUUAUAUGAAUAUUGUUGAAUACAUUAUGAUAUGGUUAAGUUAUAUGUUAACCCUAAAGGAAAAUAAUAGUAGCAGCGUCAGCCAUUUACAACAUUUUUAUGAUACAUAUAUAAAUGGUAGUGGAGAUUAUAAACAGUCUAUAAAUGGCGUUAAAGAUAAUAGCAGUUAUAUGGAUCUUUUAAAUAAAAAAAAUUAUUUUUUGAAUAUAGAUAUUAAAGAUAUAUCUAAAUUAUAUGAUGCAUUUCAAUCAUUAUGUAAAAUGUAUACUGGAUUUGAUGAAAACAUGUCAAAUUGCACAAACUGUUUGCAAUAUGCCAAAAAGUUUGCUGAAAAUAUUGAAGAAAUUAAUAAAAAACCGAAUAUUGUUAAUAAUAGUUCCUAUAAGCAAAUAUUGUAUACACUAUCAACUGAUUAUUAUAAUUUAAAAAAUAACUGUAAAAAUUGUUCAUCCUUUCCAGAGAUAGAAACAAGCAUUUAUGCACUAACAUCUGAAGAUGCAUCAUCAAGUUCGUCGAUAGCAAGCAAAUUAUUUAUAGUUUUAUCGAUAUUUGCUGCACUACCAAUUUUUUUGGGAAUUUCUUAUAAGUAUUCGUUAUUUGGAUUUCGGAAACGAUUUCAAAAACUAAAACUAAGAGAAAAAAUAAAAAAUAUAAAGAAGAGAAUGAAUCAUUGA